AUGGUCCGAAUUAAGAUGAAGGCCACCGGCGGACCGUUCAUGUGGAAGAAACUAGGGCUACCGAAAUCCAUCCCCUAUGACAGUGACGAUGAAGCGUGGGACACCACUCCACCAGCCACCACCAACACCGAAAUGUCACCAGCUACUGAACCAGCAACAGGACGCACCGACUUACCUGCCGCCCAGACAUACCGCCGGCAAAAGAAACGGCCAAGAACGCCACCACCACCGUCCACAAUAGCCCCGAAGGCAAACCUUGCGGGCGAAAUGCUACCUGAAGCCACCACUUCCUCCGGCCACGGCCAAAAACGGCCAAGACCACAGUCGCCACCGAGAUUAGAGCCAGAGGCAGCCAUGCAUCCCACAGGACACAAAGAGAACACUGCGCCCCCUGAUUCCACCAGCGCUGUGCCCACUAAUACGCCAGCGGACUUGCCAAGCGCUAUGGCCAGCGAUGUGCCCAGCAAUGUGCCCACUGAUGCGCCCAGUAAUGUGCCACGCGCCGUGCCCAGUGAUGCGCCCAUGGACUUACCAAGUGAUACACUCAGUGAUAUGCCCAGCAAUUUGCUCAGCGAUUUGCCCAGGCCAGCAUACCCAGAUCACAUCGUCAAAUCACUGACAUUCAACAAAAUUUCUGAGCGCACCAGGCUGCUUAAAGUUUCAUCCCUACCAUAUCACCCAGGAAUUCGGCAUAGCCAUGGGCUGUGA